AAUAAAUCAGCAAACAGUGUUCGUUCCAAGAACACGCAGUGAAAUCGUCUUCAAAAAAAAAAUCUGAAUCGAAUUCCUUCAUCGAGUUCCUAGCUCGAAGCAGAGCAGUCGCCAUGGCGCUCCGGCUCCCCCGCGACGCGCUCGUGCCCCUGCUCGUGCUGCUGCUGGUGGUGGUUCACGCGACCGACGCGACCCAGCGCCUGGAGAUGGUGACCUCCUCGGCGCCGGCGCGGGGCGGCACCGGCGCAGGCACCACCAGCAGGGCGCGCGUGGCGGCGUCGUCGUGCGCGAGCUGGCGCCUCGGGGUGGAGACCAACAACAUCCGGGCCUGGUACAGCAUCCCCGCGGCGUGCCGGGGCUACGUCAGCGACUACAUGUUCGGCGAGCAGUUCCGGCAGGACUGCGCGGUGGUGGCGCGCGAGGCCGCCGCCUACGCCGAAGGGCUCGCGCUCGCCGGCGACGGCAGGGAGGCGUGGGUGUUCGACGUCGACGACACCGCCCUCACCAACCUCCCCUACUACGCCGACACCGGGUUCGGGGCCGAGCCGUACAACGCGACCUACUUCGAGGAGUACGUGGCGAACGCAACGGCGCCGGCGCUGCCGGAGGUGCUGGGGCUCUACGGGAAGCUGCUGGCGCUGGGCAUCAAGGUGGUCUUCAUCACCGGCCGGCACGACUACGAGAGGGAGCCCACCGUCAAGAACCUCCGCAGCGCCGGCUACCACACCUGGGAGAAGCUCGUGCUCAAGCCGUCGUCGCUGGGUUCGUCGGUGGUGCCGUACAAGUCCGGCGAGCGGCAGAAGCUGGUGGACGCCGGGUACCGCAUUGUGGGCAACAUGGGCGACCAGUGGAGCGACCUCGUCGGCGCGCCGCAGGGCGACCGCACCUUCAAGGUGCCCGACCCCAUGUACUACGUCGCCUGAAUGAGAUCGGAGCUUCAAUAACCGGCGGAUUAUGGCAUGGCUACAACGUGCUGAUCGCCUUUACUAUCCGUGGAAUAAACGUAAGCACCUACGCGGUACUCCGUUCGUAGAUUGUUUUGAUAAAUCUAGAUACAUAUUUUCCUACGUACCCAGAUAUGCAUCUAAAUAUAUCUACAUAUAUAGAAAAAUUAUAUAUUUAGAUUUAUAACUAUAAUUUUAAACGGAGGGAAUAUUAGCUUGUAAGAACAAGUGGUUGCUGAGGUUGAUGAGCAGGUAUCGUUCCUUGUGUCUUCAAGUCC